AUGGGGCAGCACGUCUUUGUAGACUCAGCUUGGUUCUGCAUCCCAGUUUUGACUCAAAGAGACCUGCUGCACAUGGACGCGUGGGUGCUUCAUGAUUCCAUACUCCUGCGGGGACAGCUGUGGCGCUACCCAGACGAGGCUGCUCUGGAUCUAGGCCUGAGCGAGAUUCAUAGGUACAGCUGCCUCUGCUGGAAGGGAGGCCACAUCCAAGAAGGCGAGCAGAUUCAGGAUGUCAAUCAUCAGGUGUGGGUCCUUCAAGGCCGGACCCUCAAAGCAGUCCCAAGGAAGGACCACCUGGUUCCAGUCACUGUUACCUUAAUCUCCUGCCAACACAUGGAGACUCUUGAGAAAGACAGAGGGAAUCCCAUCUACCUGGGAGUGAAGGAGCCCGAGCUCUGCCUAUUUUGCACCGAGGUCCAGGGGCAGCCCACGCUGCAGCUUAAGGAACAGAACAUAAUGGAGCUGUACCGCCAGCCCCAGCCCAUGAAACCCUUUCUCUUCUACCACGACCGAAGCGGCAGGACCUCGACCUUCGAGUCUGUGGCCUUCCCGGGCUGGUUCAUCGCCUCCUGCUCCGAUGGAGGCUGUCCUCUCAUUAUCACCCAGGACGUGGGGAAGGCCUACACCACUGACUUCGGGUUCACUGUACUGUCUUAA